CACGAAGCAAAAUUUUUUCUUUUCUUAAAAAAAAAAAAACGCAAUUUCAAAAGACUCGAAGAUUGAAUGGUUUUUUGUGUGAGAGAGAGGCCGCCGAGCUGGGAGGAGGAGUUGACGAUGGCAAUGAGCAGUCACGAGAGAUCAUCAUUAUCAAAGCCACUUCAUAACUUCACGUUGCCAUACCUGAAGUGGGGUCACCAGCGUCAUUUAAGAUGCAUGAAGCUCGAGGAUUCGUCGACUGCCGCCAAGACGUCGUUAAACGAGCAGAGGCCGCGCAGGCGAUCUCCAACGUCUUUUAAGGUGAGGAAGGAGUCGGAAGAGGAAGGGAUCGAUGCGGUGAAUGAGAAGAUUAUAAAGGAUCUCAAAGCGGCGGCGGAUAAGAUGAAAAAUAAGAUUUUGAGGGAGGUUGUGGAUUUGGAGGAUGAGGUGGGCGAGGAAGAGGAUGGGGAGGAGGCUCCUGCUGCGGCUGCUGUUGUGGUGGCGGCGGCGCCGUGGAAUCUUCGUACUCGGCGUGCUGCGUGUAAAGAGCCGCAGGUUGGUGGAGCGGCAGCGGGUAAGGGAUUUAGGAGCGAGGAGAAAAAAACUAAUUCAUCGCCGAUUAUAAGUGACGGUGUUGGCGCCAAGUCGCCAAGGUUGAAGGAGGUCAGGAAAGAGAGAGUGAAAUUCGCUGUGAAUUUGACGAGGAAGGAGAUCGAAGAAGAUUUUAUGGAGUUGGUCGGCCAUCGGCCGCCGAGAAGGCCCAAGAAGCGGCCCAGAUACGUGCAGAAGCAAUUGGAUACUUUGUUUCCGGGAUUAUGGCUGACGGAAGUGACUGUUGAUACGUAUAAGGUGCCGGAGUUAGCUGAGAAUGGAAAGAGGUAGUAAUGGGAGAAGGGGGACGAUAUGGGAGUUUCGAGGCUUCUGAUUUGUGACUACUGAUGACUUGUGACCUUAAUCUGGUGGUGUACAACAAAACAAUACCACACGAUCUUUGUGAGGGAAUUUCAUACUAAUGAUGAAUUUCCUGGUAACCUUUUGGUGCAAUUUCAGUUGCGUAGAAACGCUAAUUUUGUUUAUUAAUUUGUCAUUCAUUGUUUCUUUCUUAUUAGUGGAAUAAUAAUUCUGUAUAAAGAAACGGGAUGGUUGGAUGUUGUUGGAUGCAAGAGAAUGGCAUUAUUAGAGCUUCAUUUUCUUAAUAUACUUGAUGUCAAGAAUCAAAUCUUCGAUUUUAACUUUGUGUGAA